AUGUUCUCAGCCAUGAAUGCUCACUUGGAUCAAAUUUCUCAUACUGGUGAUGGCUUUAGUAGUACCUUCGAUGAUGGACGAGGCCGAACCUUUGGAAGUGGAUCCAGCACUCCAAACUCUAGCACCUCUUACCUUUCUAAAAUGGUGAAGCUAGACUUUCCUCACUUCAACGGAUUGGAAGACCCCACAAGGGAUGCUCAAUUGUGGUUCCAAUUGAUGAAGGAGGAAACCCCCAUCACCACAUGGGCGACUUUUAAGCAAGGACUGCAUGACAGGUACAGCCCCACCCAAUUUCAAGACUUUUUUGCAAGAAGAAUAACUCCAUAUCAACAAAUUGGUUGUUUUGUGAGUGGUUUGAAGGAGAAUAUCAAAACUGACGUGCAAGCGUGCAAACCGCAAACACUCUCUGCUGCCAUCGGAUUGGCUCGCCUAUAUGAGUCUCGUAAUAAAAAACUAGGCGAUACUUAA